AUGACGCCAACAGCCCCGGCAUUCGGAGCGCAAAGCAAGAUCACGUGGUGUGUGACCAACUCUUCGAGCGACUUCUCAGGGGACAUAGCCUACGGUUCCGGAGUCGCCUUCGUCCACAUCUGCCAGCGGCCCAGCCAGGCCCAGUACGGCUUGACGGAUCCCAAGAGCUUGGCCGAGUACCUCAACCACGCCAACAUCCGCUUGGUCCGGGCCGAGUACUUGUACAAGCUGCUGAAGUCGAAGCACCUCUUGCCUAGACGCCAAGAAGCCGAGGAGUGGGGCCUGGUGACGCAUGAGGAAGUGAAGGCGUGGGCCGCCGGAACUCGGCGUCGGGGUGCGAUGAUCUGCUCGGUGUCCCACGCUUGGGAGAGUCGGGAGCAUCCGGACCCAUGCGCCCACCAAUUGAAGUGCCUGGUCGACGUCGUGGCUCUCUUCGAUGCAGCCUACUUCUCGGAUAUUUGGCUAUUUUACGAUUAUGUAUCUCUGUUUCAGUUCAAGCGGGAGUCGGACGCAGAAGAAGAGAGCUUUCGACGGUCAAUGCAGGACAUGCACGUCUUGUACGCCCAUGAGUGCACCCGAACUUUCCGCAUAGAAAACCUCACCCCAGACGAUGUCUGGGAAGCGGCGAGCAAGAAUUCUGAGUAUCGAGUGCGAGUGUACGAUGCAAGGAGCGCUGUGGUCCGAGAUCGUCCGCUCAAAGAGCUCGUCGCGAACCGGGUUCCAUACGGAACGCGCGGGUGGUGCAAGGCGGAGGUGGAGUGGUCCUCGACCCGGAGCAGAUCCGAGCGGAACCACCGGAUCGAUGCUCCCGAAAGUAGACAACAUUUUAGAGGCUGGCAAGAAGACAGUGAGCCAGAGCCAGAGUUGCUGGAAAACCAAGAGCCAGAGCGGCUGGGCAAAGUGCCCAUGGCUCCGGAGAUUUUCGAACAAGAGAUGGACUCGGCAGCCUUCACCCAUCGGUCGGAUGCCGAACAGGUGAAGAAGCUGCAGUUUAAGGUUUUCCUCCAGAAAGUGUCCGAGUGCGAAGAGGCGCUCUUCGAACGCCUGCCCGAAGGGCAGCUGGGGCAGCUGGCAAAGGCCCUGCCUUACUUCAAGAAGCUGAGGGUGCUGAGGCUCCGGGACUUUAAGGCAGGCCGAGCAGAGGCUGGGGAGUUCGCGAAGGUGCUGACAUCGAACCAAACGAUUCGCGAGCUCGAGAUACAUGGCCCGAGGUUUGGCUUUGAGCAUGAAUUUGGUUUUCGACGAGAGGCGAUCGCCGCAGCUUUGAAGACCAACUCCACCCUCAUCAGCAUCAGCCUCGAAAGCAACCGCAUCGGUGUGGAGGGUUGCAAGGCGAUCUGCGAAGCGUUGAAGACGAACUCGACGCUCACCAGCAUCAAACUCGCACACAACAACAUCGGCGAUGAGGGUGCGCAGGCGAUUAGUGAAGUACUGAAGACGAACUCCACCCUCGCCAGCAUCAAACUCGCACACAACAACAUCGGCGAUGAGGGUGCGGAGGCGAUUAGCGAAGCUGUGAAGACCAACUGCACACUCACCAGCGUCGACCUCGAAAGCAACCGCAUCGGCGGCGUGAAGGGUGACAAGGCGAUCUGCGAAGCGUUGAAGUGCAACUCCACGCUCACCAGCAUCAACCUCAAAGGCAACCGCAUCGGCAAGGGGGCUGUCAAGGCGAUCUGCGAAGUGCUGAAGACCAACUCAGCCCUCACCAGCAUCAACCUCGCAGCCUGCUACAUUCGCGAUGAGGGUGCGGAGGCGAUCUGCGAAGCGCUGAAGAGCAACUCCACGCUCAUCAGCAUCAACCUCGAACACAACGACAUCAGCCAGCAGGUGCUUGCGGAGGUGCGGAGGAGGCGCCCACUCGUGGAUGUUUGGUCGGCCGAGGCUCCAGAAGCUGCGAAGGCUUGGACGGGGCGAGUGCGCAUAGAGGCCCUCGCAAAGCAAUUGAACGUACACUGCAACCCCACCAAGUUGAGCUUCGAGCGGUGUGCUCUCGACGUCGAAAGGGUGGAGGCGAUCUGCGAAGCGUUGAAGACCAACUCCAAGCUCACCAGCAUCAACCUCACAUGGUGCUUCAUCGGCGAUGAGGGUGCGCAGGCGAUCUGCGAAGCAUUGAAGACCAACUCGACGCUCACCAGCAUCAACCUCAAAAGCAACCGCAUCGGCGCUGAGGGUGGGAAGGCGCUUGCCGAGGCUCUAAUGCGACACAACCGUUUGGAAAUUGAGCUCUACGGAAACAAGAUCCCCGCCGAGUGCGGGGAGGCCCUCUCGGAAGCCACCGGGGGAAGGCCCGGCGGG